CUCCCCGCUAAUCCUGCCCGUAAACACACUCUUCUCCCUCCUCCGCCUCCUCCCACCCAAGAAUCCCCGCGGCUCAAGCAAAGGGGGCAGGCCGGCCGGCGCACCGACCGCGCCACACCUCCACGUCGCGGGGGCGGCAGCGGGGCUCCCCCUCCGUGCCGGCGAUGGGGGCCGACGAGGCUGCGCCGGGCGGCGGCGGCGGCGGGAUCCGGGUGCUCCUGCGGCGGAAGCAGGUGGACUCCGACCGGGCCCGCGCCGCCGGCGGCCAGCAGCUCGCCAAGGAGCUCUCCAUCACGCAGCUCAUCGCCAUCGGCGUCGGCUCGACGGUUGGAGCCGGAGUGUACGUCCUCGUGGGGACGGUUGCCCGGGAGCACUCUGGCCCGGCACUGACGCUCUCGUUUCUGAUCGCCGGAAUAGCGGCUGCGCUUUCGGCUUUCUGUUACGCGGAGCUUGCGAGCCGCUGCCCUUCUGCGGGAAGCGCCUACCACUACUCGUACAUCUGUGUUGGCGAAGGAGUUGCAUGGUUGAUCGGCUGGGCUUUGAUACUGGAGUAUACAAUUGGUGGAUCAGCCGUUGCCCGCGGCAUAUCUCCCAAUCUAGCGUUAUUUUUCGGAGGGCCAAAUAGUCUGCCAUGGAUUCUAGCACGCCAUGAGCUCCCAUGGUUAGAUGUUGUUGUUGAUCCUUGUGCUGCUGCCUUGGUUUUCCUUGUCACCGCCCUGCUAUGCGUCGGGAUAAAAGAGAGUACAUUCGUGCAAGGAAUUGUGACAGUGCUGAACUGCUGCGUGAUGCUAUUUGUUAUUACAGCCGGCAGUUACAUUGGCUUCCAAACAGGAUGGGUCGGCUACAAGGUGUCUGGCGGAUUUCUGCCAUAUGGGGUGAAUGGAAUGCUUGCUGGAUCAGCGACCGUUUUCUUUGCCUACAUAGGCUUUGAUUCAGUUGCGAGCACCGCUGAGGAGGUGAGGAAUCCACAACGGGAUCUGCCGCUGGGAAUAGCCACAUCAUUGACGAUUUGCUGUUCCUUGUACAUGCUGGUUUCGGUUGUUAUUGUCGGUCUGGUGCCAUACUUUGCUAUGGACCCAGAUACCCCUAUUUCGUCCGCCUUUGCGAGGCACGGGAUGCAGUGGGCGAUGUACCUUGUAACAUCUGGUGCUGUUCUCGCUCUCUGCUCAACCUUGAUGGGAUCACUUCUGCCACAGCCAAGGAUAUUGAUGGCCAUGGCGAGAGAUGGGCUGUUGCCAUCCUUCUUCUCUGAUGUUAGCGAAAAGACACAAGUUCCUGUCAAGAGCACAAUCAUAACUGGCAUCUGUGCCGCUUCUCUGGCGUUCUUCAUGGAUGUUUCACAACUAGCAGGAAUGGUCAGUGUAGGCACGCUCCUCGCGUUCACCAUAGUCGCCGUCUCCAUCUUGAUCCUCAGAUAUGUUCCUCCAGAUGAGGUACCCCUGCCAUCCUCUCUGCAAACGUCGUUCCGCUUAAGCCAAGAAUGUGAUGAGGAAAAGGUGGGGAGUCCUCUUGGAGAUGGGAACCAUGAACAGGGGACGUCUGAGAUUAAGGAUGUGAUCGUAGUAGAAUCAAUCAGCGACCCUCUUAUUGAGAAGCAGCUGUACGCAAACAAAUUGGAUGAGUUAAAGCGGCGGAAAACCGCUGCUCGCAGCAUUGCAGCUGUAUGCGUAGGGGUUCUAAUCCUGACGGCUUCAGCUUCCGUAACGUUCCUGCCAUUCCUGGUGAUGUGCUUAUUCUGCGUGUUUGGUGGCCUGCUCCUCCUGGCUGGUCUCGGAAUGCUCUCCUGGAUCGACCAAGACGACGGAAGGCACUCAUUUGGUCACUCUGGAGGUACACUCGCAUCACGGCAUUUUCACGCUUCUCUCCGUAACUUGAUGUCACAGCUCCUUUCUGCCGCUCCCUCUGCAGGAUUCAUCUGCCCGUUUGUUCCGCUGCUGCCGGUGAUGUGCAUUCUCAUAAACACAUACUUGCUCAUAAAUCUAGGGGGUGGCACGUGGAUGCGGGUCGGGGUGUGGCUGGUGAUGGGGGUCUUCGUGUACAUUUUCUACGGCCGGACCCACAGCUCGCUGACGGACGUCGUGUACGUCUCCCUGGCUCAGGCAAACGAGAUAUACGGUUCUUCUUCUUCAUCAGCGUUUGUGGCCUAGAUAGAUACUGUCGCAGAGCAUCCUUGAGAGAUUAUAUGAUCCGGAGUCCAUUUCACGGAAACCUUGAGCAUCCUGAUUGGAGGGACCUUCCCCCGCUGAUGCUGCUGCAUCCUGCAUGGCAAGGCAGGACAUGGAGUCUGAAGAAUUCAACAAAUUCUGAAGCUGUGUACAUUGUAAUUUGUAGAUAUAUCAUCAUCAUCAUCAUCAUCAUCAUCAUAUAUAUGUGCCUCGUUGGAGGAAUGUAGAUAGUAAAUAUGUAUAAAUAGAAGAUUAAGAUUUGCAACAUUGUAAGGCAAGAUUCAUUUAAGUGCACCGGAGUUGAUAAAACUUCAGAGAUCUUGGGAUGACACUGCAGCAGGAAGCAAUUCUGAACAA